AUGUCCCCCACCCCGAGCGUCGGGAUCACGAGUGAUGACGUGCGCUUCAUCGCCAACGUCGUCGUCGCGCUCUCACUCCUCUUUUUCUUCUUGAACCGUGCGUUACUUCCCAGAGUAGCGCCGAAGUACAUGCGAAGAGAUUGCUUCCUGCUCGCCUUCGAACUCACGUGCCUGGUCCCCCUGACGUAUUGCGCGGUCGUCGGACACCGCUUGUGGACGCGAAGCCUCGAUAGAGGGUUCGAAACUCCGUAUAAGCGUUUACACGCGCUCGUCGCGCAGGAGCCGCGAGAGAUGAUCUUGGUGAACUGCGGGUUUCAAAUCUGGGACUUCUUAAUCUCGUUCGGGCACCCCAAACUGUGCUCGACGGAGAUGCUGCUGCAUCAUUCGUUAGCGGCGGCGUUGGCCCUGACGGGUCUGCACAUGGGAUUCGCGCAGUACUACGGGGCUUUCUUUCUCGGCGUGACAGAAAUUUCAUCCGUGCCGCUUAUCAUCGUGGACGUGGGCAAGUAUUACCCCGAGUUCGCGCGCAAGCACCCGAUGGUGGAUUUAUUCUUCAAAUUUAUAUUCCUUCUGACAUUCAUCGCGGUUCGAGACGUGAUGUUCAUCAAGUAUUCCAUUCAACUGUUCAAGGACUCGUUCGCCGUGCUCCAAGCUGGCACGAGUUCGGUCCCGUACAUGAUCAAGGGAUUCUUGGUCACGAACGUCUUCUUCAACGUUCUGCAGAUCACGUGGACCAAGCUCUUGCUCGACGGCGUGAUCGAGACGCUGCGGGGUAAGAAGGAUGAUAAGAUCAAGGAAAAUUGA